AUUUCAUAUUACCUGUUACACGUAAAAACCAAAACUAGUGGGCACAAUUCUUGGUUGUCUUUUUUUUUUUUUUUUAUUUCCCUUACGUUGUAUCUAAUCUUCCUAAGCCAAUGUCCCGUUGCAUCCAAAUACAAACAAAAUCCAUGCCAGCAUCGAAACCUGUGCUCAAACAACACAUGAUGGAGCAGAACAACAGAGUUCCAAGAAUUCAUGAAUUCUCUUCACCACCUUCCCCUCCCUUUUUUUCCUGCAUCGUUGCUCUUUCCAUCGCAGCACUGAUUUUCAUGUUCUUCUACGUUUUCUCACCCAUUGUUUCUGCAGCCAUUCUUCUUCUCCUUUGCGUCACCACCCUCUUCCUUUGCAGGUUCACACAAACAUUCUCUUUUCAUGCACACACCCCACCCAAAAACCACAGGGUCGUCAAAAUUUUCAAUAACCUUUUCUGGGUCGUUGAAGAGAAAAGAAGGGGCCAAACGCAACAAGUAAAGAAGCUUCUCGGAUCUAUCGUAUGCUUCGGAAACCAAACAUUGCUUUCAGGGAGUGAAUGUGCGAUUUGCUUGGAAGAGUUCAAGAAUGGAGAAGAGUGUGUUGUGUUUUCAGUUUGUGGGCACAUUUUUCAUUGUGAUUGUAUCAAACACUGGUUAGAGGAAAAACCCACUUGUCCAAAUUGUCGUCUCUGUGUGGCAUCUUCAGCCACCGUCUUCAGAAGAAGAAGCAUAGAGUUUUCGGAAGAUUUAGUGUAAUGUGUGAAAGUUUUUUAGAACAUUUUUUUCUGAGGAAUCACAGUAAAAAUUAGACAUUAGUGACGUGUUCAUUGAUUGCACAGUUUGAACUAUA